AUGAAAGGAGUGCCUAAGUUUUGUGCCGUUUGCGGUCACAAAGCCCUGGGCAAAAAUUUCGGAGCCCUAUCGUGUGAGCCCUGUAAGGCCUUCUUCAGACGUAACGCAUUGAAAGACAAUGAUUUCAUCGUAAAUGAAGAGGAAAAGGAUUGGCGACGAGUGAAGAACUUUAGGGCUAAUCCCAAGACUACUGACAUAACAGAUAAUUUAUCAUCGGAUCAGUCGUGCGAACCGUCGGACCCGUCGCCGGACAUCAAUGAUUGUCUCUACGAUUUGCUCGACGACAACAGCUUCAGUGUCGAUGAGCUUAACAAACAGAUUAUGGACAUCGAGAGCGGUUUCAUCAGUUCUUCACAGAUGGAAAUAAUCGCCAAAACCAAUGAUAACACAGAAAUUAGUGAUGAAGUGAUGCAAAGGGCCGUCGAGUUUGAAUUGGCAGUCAUACCGAUCGCCCGACCGGUGGCCGAGUAUCACAACCCGUUCAACGAAACCGAGUCCCACCUAUUGAGCGAACUAAUGAACUCGGUCAAACUAAUCGGCCAGCCAAUGAGCAAGGUCACUAUGGAGAUUACCAACUUCGAUGAGUAUAAUCGCACCGUUAGCUACAAGUUUGACCGCGGGGUCCGUAAUAUGGCCAGAGCUGCCAAAGGGUUGCGUGGGUUUAGGGCUCUACACCUCGACGAUCAGAUCAAUCUACUUAAGUAUGGCUGCAUUGAAGCCCUAUUGAUGCGGACAAUUAAACAUGUUGAUUAUGGCAGACAGUUGGUGAUAUUGCCCUGGGAUGGUGAGAAUUCUCUAACCUAUGGGAUUCCGACCCCACGGCAACAACACGUAUACAUGUAUUUACUUCAACGCUAUUUAAUACUGAAAUAUCAAUCAGAAUGUGAGGCGAAGACCCGAUUCUUGAGACUCAUGAAUGUCUUAUCGGACAUAAACCUCAUGAGAGAGAUCCAGAGGAGACACGCCAUGCAUUUGUAUCAAUUAUCACUCGUCACACCUCUUCUCCAAGAAGUGUUUGACAUAUUGCCCACUCCUAUGGAACCGAUGGGCAAAAACUUCGGCGCCCUAUCGUGUGAGCCCUGCAAAGCAUUCUUCAGGAGAAACUCGUUUAAAGAAUGGGUGGCCAAUGAAGAGGAACGGGAGCUCAAGAGACUUAUAAAAUUGACAAUAAGUGGCAUAAAUAAUACUAACGAUGGAAACCAAGUGUUAAAAUCAGCAAUAAAUUUAUCACAAGAUAUAUGGGAUGAAAAUGACAGCACAAACACUACGACUAUUGACACAGACUUCAUGAGUGAAAUACUGGAUGACAACAAUUUCAGUGUCGAUGCACUCAAUGAACAGAUUAUGGACAUUGAGACCAGUUUUUGCGCAAAUGAUUGCAUUGAUAGUCAAGUGAUAAACAGAUCUGAUUAUCAGACAAACCAUAUCUCAACAGAUAAUCACCAAAACAGUGAAAAUUAUACCCAAAACUCAUUAACACAUUAUUCACCUGAAAGAGUCGACGAGAAAGUAGUGUCGGAUUAUGAGAUGCCUGUCAUACCCAUCGGCCGACCCAUCGAUGGCCACAAAAGUGAUUUCAACGAGAUUGAAAUGCGCAUGGUGACCGAGGUGAUCCAAUCGGCCACGAAUAUGGGUGGCCCGUACGCCAAACUGGUCUUCGAGAUCGACGACAAUCAUAGCUUUCAAACUGUUUUUUCGGCAAAGUUUGACAAAUGUGUGCGAAAUGUGACCAAAGCUACGAAAGGGUUGACCGCAUUCAACACCAUCUGCGAAGACGACCGCAUCUUACUAUUGAAGUACAGCUGCAUUGAAGUGAUAUUCUUGCGGUCCAUUCUCUACUUCAACGGCAAUAUUGAUUAUCUCAAACUUCCGAUGGAUAUGGAACGCUCAUUCAUUAUAACCAUGAAACUCCAACAACACAUUUACAUGUAUUUACUUCAACGCUAUUUAUUACUGAAAUAUCAGUCAGAAUCGGUGGCAAAGACCCGAUUCUCGCAAUUCAUGAACAUUUUGACGGAACUAAACGUCUUGAGAGACAUCCAGAGGACGCAUACUUUGGAUCAAUCACUGAAUGUUACACCACUUCUCCUAGAAGUGCUCGAUUUAAAGCCAAAUCAAAUUUUCUAUAAAUAA